UGUGUGAGAGGUCAGGGUUUGAUGGACUAAGCUGAGUGUUACGGUAUUGUUGUCCCUGCAUUCUCCAGCACUGCAUUGUCCUCUUAUGACUGCUCCCAGUGCGGAGGGAUACAGAAGCCUGGAGGGUAUAUCCUGGAAGAGCAGAAGAUUGCUGUUUGGUUGAGUUACAUUGUCUGAGGACCAUGGACCUGGACGUACUGAAUAUGUUUCUAAUAGCUGGAGGUACUUUGCUGAUUCCAAUUUUGGCUUUUUUGACUUCCUUCUUCCUGUGGCCUGCUGCUCUCAUCAAGAUUUACUAUUGGUACUGGCGCAGGGUCUUGGGGAUCCAGGUAAAACUUGUCAACUAUGGAAACUACAGAUUCUGCUACACUUGUCGAGGUAGACCGGGGCCCAAACCAUCCAUCCUUAUGUUACAUGGAUUCUCAGCCCAUAAGGACAUGUGGCUGGCUGUAACUAAGUUCCUUCCUAAAAAUGUACAUGUGAUUUGUGUGGAUCUACCUGGUCAUGAGGGAACCACACGCUCACCUUUAGAUGACUACUCAAUCAGCGGACAGGUGAAGCGGAUACACCAGUUUGUUGAGAGCAUAAACCUGAACAAGAGGCCUUUCCAUCUUGUUGGUACAUCGAUGGGUGGGUGUGUGGCCGGGGUAUACGCUGCUCAGAAUCCAGAAGACAUCUGCAGUUUGACUCUAAUUUGUCCUGCAGGUUUGCAGUAUCCAACUGAAAGCAAAUUUGUGAAACAGCUACAAGGCUUAGCAGAAUCUGGAGAAGAAAAUCCAAGAAUCCCCCUCGUUCCAUCCACUGCAGAAGAAAUGGGGCAGAUGCUGAAACUCUGCUCGCAUGUCCGCUUUAAGAUUCCACAGCAGGUGCUGCAAGGACUCGUGGAUGUUCGCAUUCCUCAUAAUGAAUUUUACAGAACGUUGUUUUUAGAUUUGGUUGCUGAGAAAUCGCGUCACAUUCUUCAUGAAAACAUGAACAAAAUUACAGCUCCCACCCAGAUUAUCUGGGGCCGACAGGACCAGGUCCUGGAUGUUUCUGGAGCAGAAGUCUUGUCCGGUGCCAUACCUGGAUGCCAGGUGGAGAUCCUGGAGAACUGUGGCCACUCAGUAGUGAUGGAGAGACCCAGAAAAACAGCCAAGCUCAUAAUGGACUUUUUAUCUUCCAUGCAAACCACAGAGAACAAUAAAAAACAUGAUUAACAAUCAGGAAAGGCCUGGGACAAGUCUGGUCCUCUCUGGAUACCAUACCACUCUGAGUUUCUCAGGGGAUCUUGUAGAACUCUUAGGAAAGUAGUUUAGUUCCUUGUGAACACAAGACCAGGACUUCAAUAUCUACAUGCAGAUGCGUUCCAAUGUUUCAGUGGCUUAUGAUAAUGCAUGUGAUGGACAUGGAUGAUUAAGGUCUCUAUGGUAUGCUGAUGGUGGUUUCCAAAGUCGACAUCAUCUGAUAAAAUUGAAAGCCUUCAAUCAGGAACCAGUCACAAAUCUGAUGCACGGAAGGUGUUGACCCAACACUUUAAAACCACUAUAGAUGCAAGAUGAUCUUUUAAACCUGUUUAUUAUAUGCAAUGUACAGUACUGCUGUUGCAGAAAUAUUUGUUAAUAGGGCCUCAAGGGUAGAAGAUUUCCCUUUUACUGUGAUGCUGGUGAGUCAUUGUGCAAUGGAAGUACCAGUCCUUCCAGCUGCUGAGAUGUACAAGUAUGAGCACACUGCUUGAGAUGUGUGCAAUAUGCUAUAAGAAUAUUUUGGUACCGUGCCUUCAAAGCAGCAUUGUGCAAACCGCACAUUGCACCAAUCAGCUUUGACACUAUGCGCACUGUGAUCUAAGGCAUGCAUGAUGUAAACGAUCAGAAGAUUUGUACCACACAUGUGCUUCCAUGAAAUAUCACACUCAGAGGAAUACAAAUAAAUGUCCUUAACUGAUA